ACCAAUUAUCUCUCUUCUACUUCUGAAAGUUUCCCUGCUCGGGAGCCAGAGAAGCCRAGCGACUUCGCCAAACAUGAACCAUCUUACCUGGCGUUCGUUUUUGGCUGCUGUCUUGUGUACUGUGUGUGUGACGAGUGUCUGGGGAGCGACAACSUUCGACGACCUGAAAACAUCGUUCGCGCAAUAUAACAAAUGGAUUCCCCCAAGUUCAUCCCAAGGUAUAGAAGGGAAGAUCUCGUUCUUCUUCAAAACACAUGUAAGWGAUUCUAUUCUACUCUACCAAGAUGACGGCAACAGGGAUUAUCUAAGCGUCGAGCUGUUAAGCGCAAAAGUUUUAUUGAGGUUUGGCGUAUCGGGGAAUUCUGUGCGUGUGCAGAUUGGUCAUGAUUUGGCUGACAUGCUGUGGCAUAAAUUAGUGAUUCGACUAGACAACGACAGAGUUAUUCUUACUCUCGAUCAAAACUUAACUCGGACAGCUACAAUUCCAAGACYUAACGAAGCACUCCUCGGAAACUCUACUGGCAUUUUAUACAUCGGUGGGCUUCCAAGAUCUCUAAGCUUGUCGUUAUUGUCUUCCCCGCAAGUUGCGUUCAAGAAGAGAUUUGUUGGAUGCAUUAAGAAGAUUAUGAUGACAAAUACAGAGAACGUAUUUGAAAGAGCGGUUCUUAUCAAGUCCAAAGGCACGAAGAGUGGUUGUUUGAAUGAAUGCAGAGUUAGAAACCCCUGCUUGAAUAAUGGAAAAUGUGUGAAUAGGUUUUCGAAGGCAAAAUGCGAUUGCAGUGGGACCGGACAUGAGGGCAAACGAUGCGAGAAAGAAAUGCUUCGUUUGCACUYGUCUACAGCAGAUUACCUCGUUUAUGACAUGUCUGAUCGUCCCCAGGCCACACGUCAAGACCACAUCAACGUUCACUUCAAGACAUCCAAAAAGAACGGCCUGCUUCUCCAAACCAGCUUCUCCCAAGACUACGUCACAAUCAAACUGUCCAAUGGGAGAAUAGUCGUGGAAUGGAACCUAGGGUCUGGAAAACUCGAACUAUUCAUAGGAAACAACCUCCAUGAUGACCUCUGGCAUAUGAUCGACGUCAGAAGGUUCAGGAGAAACGUCAAGGCCAUCUUGGAUGGUGUUGUUACGAAAGAAAGCAUAUGUCCUCCUUCUCACAGUACAUUCAACAUGAACGGAGGUCAGAGUAAGGUCUUUGUCGGUGGUUCUCAAACAGUGGUAGAACAGGACAGGUUCGAGGGCUGCCUACGAAAAGUUGUCUUCGGUGGAGUAGAAUUCAUCAGUAAACUAAAAACCAACGAUCCCAGAUUUUCUGUCGUAGGCACCAAAGUUUGGUCAUGUAGAGUCCCAGCCACUUUAUCCUUGACAACAGUUCCCGUGACAACAGUUCCCAUAGUAACCAGGUCUACUAGACUCAGAGGUAGAAAAAGAAAUCGCCAGGGAAGAAAGAGAGUGUCGAACGGAAGCAACAAUAAAGACAAGGCUACGGUCGUUAUACAGCUAGAUACUCAAGCUCCUAAAACUACAACACCUAGAGUGAAAACCACAGAAACUCACUCUACGAAAAAGAGGCAAAAACCUUCGACUUGCUCACCUAAUGAUAUUCGAUGUGUCAUGAAGACUCAAGCAGAUGUUAACAGUCCACGCACAAAAAAGCCAACAGAAAAAGCCGUUAUUAAAUCAGACCCRUGUCGAAAAUUUAAAAACUGCACCAAAGGAGCAGACAACACAGCCUCACCCGACCACCCCACGGGGAAUGCUUCUACUACAGGCACCCCGAAGAUACAGGCACUUAAUGAGGCGACUAAAGAAGGUGGACUCGGAAAUAUCCCAACGGCAAUUGGCUUGGUCGUGGGCUCCAUUUUAUCGUUUCUGCUGUGUGGUUUUAUUUCCUACAGRUAUUCGAAACAUCGUGAACAAAAGCAUCGUAGAGCUCAUAAUAUAAAAAUCGAAGUACGGGAUGAAGAAGAACAGAGAAAAGACUACGAUGGCUUCCACCAAGAUGUUUUAGUCACAAACUAGACGAACUUAACUGAAUUGAUUUUGAAACCGUUAAAAGUGUAAAUGCCUUUGCGCUGGUUAUUGUCGACGUUUUACGAGGGGGAUUUUCUUGAUCAUAUUAUCCAAACGGACAUGAGAUUUGAUAAUGGGGUUUAUUCUAGCUUAUAUUUACCUUUUUAUAAAGAUAUGAAAACAAAUUAAUUAAAAAAACUCAAAUCUGU